AUGUCUUUCACCUUCUUCUCUCUCUUUCUCUCUCUCUCUCUCUCUACCUACAUAUCUCAAUUUGUCCGUAUCUAUCAGCGUCCAUCUGUUAAAGGAUUUCUUUCUUUGGCAAUCUACUCGAGCCUACAUGCUUGUUGUCUCACCACUCAUUCUAUCUUUGAAGCUGGGCUUAUUUAUCUCUUUGCCUAUUCCCUUCAUUUUAUUUCACAUAGAAGCAUCCGGAGAAUCUAUUUUAGUGUAUUCAUAUCUAUCUAUCUAUCUAUCUAUCUAUCUAUCUAUCUAUCUAUCUAUCUAUCUAUCUAUCUAUCACAGUCUGUUCAUAUAUAUAUAUAUAUCUUUCUCAGUCUGUUCAUAUCUAUCUAUCUAUCUAUCUAUCUAACGCAGGCUCUAAUCUAUCUAUCUAUCUAUCUAUCUAUCUAUCUAUCUCGGUCCGUUUAUAUCUAUCUCUUUCUUUCUCAGGUUGUCUAUCUUAGUUUGUUCAUAUCUAUCUAUCUAUCUAUCUCACUAAGCUCUAUCUAUCUAUCUAUCUAUCUAUCUAUCUAUCUAUCUAUCUAUCUAUCUAUCACAGUCUGUUCAUAUAUAUAUAUAUAUCUUUCUCAGUCUGUUCAUAUCUAUCUAUCUAUCUAUCUAUCUAUCUAUCUAUCGCAGGCUCUAAUCUAUCUAUCUAUCUAUCUAUCUAUCUAUCUAUCUAUCUAUCUAUCUAUCUAUCUCGGUCCGUUUAUAUCUAUCUCUUUCUUUCUCAGGUUGUCUAUCUUAGUUUGUUCAUAUCUAUCUAUCUAUCUAUCUACCUAUCUAUCUAUCUAUCUAUCUAUCUAUCUAUCUAUCUAUCUAUCAAGCUAG